AUGAAUGAACAAACAUCAGAUACACAUACUACCUCGGUGACAAGUGUAGCCGACGACAUCAACAACAACAACAACAACAAUGGUACAAUAACAACAACUACAACACCUUUGAAGUAUGAUGAUCGCUAUCGUGACUUGUUAUACUCAAAGUGUUACUUUAAGUUGUUUAUCAAGUUGAUUGCAAGAUUGACAGUGGUCGAGAGUCGUGUACACUCUCGUAAUGUACUGUUCAAGAUGUACUCCAAAGUAUUGGUUAGCUUGGUAGAGUUGUCAGGUGAUGUCGUAUGGUUAUUCUACAAGAUCACGUCGACUGCUUCAGGUGAUGCCUCAAUGUAUAUACAGUUGGUGCUGGACGAUGGCACUGGAGCAGUACGAUGUCACAUUGACACCGACACCUGUCAUCGCAGUCGCUUUCAAUCAUGGAUGAACUCGCCACGCUCCUCCCUCCUCGGCAAAUAUGUUCGAGUCUGGGGACAUCUUGACAUCGAGUCCCCAACCAACAUCAUUGAACUACAUGUUAGCAAGUUAGAGAUAGUUGAUGACCUACAUCAACCGACACUCCUCAGCCUCCAAUGUAUAGAUGUACAUAACAACUUGUACAUUCCUUAUUCCAACUACCUCAAGUCGUUACCUCCAUCAUCGCAGUAG